AUGGCGAAUGCAUUGAAAAUCAAAUGUGGUAACGCAAAAGGGCGCUUAACGCGGGCAGCAGCAUUUGUGGAAACAAUAGAUGAAUCCACAACUCUAGAAAUGCUUGAGAUACGUUUGAAUAAACUUGAGACCGCGUGGUCAGAAUUUUCUUCGCUUCAUAACGAGAUUCUCGAACAAUCUCAAGAAAGUCAAUUCGCAAUUCGCGAAAGGGUAAAUUCCAAUGAACUUUCGUUAAAUAAGUCAGCUAUAGAUCGGUUAGUUGACCAGCAAUCGGUUUUUUUGGAAAAAUUAAAUAAUUCGUCUUCGUUGUCGCCGAAUAAUUCAACUACAACCAAACUUCCAAAUAUCGUUGUGCCACCGUUUAGCGGAAGCUAUAAGGAUUGGCCAUCCUUUCGAGAUUUGUUUCUCGGAUCAGUUGACACUAAGACGAAUCUUAGUCCAACUCAUAAGUUCCACUAUUUGAAAUCGUAUUUACGUGAUGAUGCCGCUAAUCUCAUAAAGCACAUUAGCAUAUCCGAUGUUAAUUAUGCUGAAGCAUGGGAUCGUUUAGAAAAGCGUUAUGAUCGUAGACAAUUAAUAGCUCAAUCGUUUAUUGAAACCUUUUUGUCGCUUCCUAAUACAAAUGUUUGCAAUGUUCAAACUUUAAGAAAAAUUUCUGAUGGUGCCGAUGAAGUUGUGCGUGGGCUUAGUGCGUUGGGUAAAUCGAGUCGCGACCCAUGGCUCAUUUAUUUGUUAUUGAACAAACUGGAUCCCGAUUCAAAACAAGCUUGGGCAGAACACAUCGGUUCUCGUGAAGACUGCACCAUAGCAGAAUUUUUAGAAUUUUUAGAAGAGCGGUGCGAUGCUCUUGAGGCAUGCCAAUCUCUUAAUAGUCGUUCGGUCACAACGCGUACAAAGCAACCAACUAGCAUUCGGGCUCAUUUAGCUGGGCCCUCAGAUUCAGCUACGUCAUCAAAAUGUGCAAUGUGUAAAGAGGAUCAUAUCCUUCCGCAGUGUGCCAAAUUCGUCGCGCUAGACAUUGACUCUCGUCGAAGUUUUGUAAAAACAAAUUUACUUUGUUUUAAUUGCCUUCGUGCUGGCCAUUCGUCGCUUAAAUGCCGUUCCUCGUUUCGUUGUCGGGUGUGUAAAUCACGCCAUCAUUCGCUGGUGCAUCUCGAAGAUGCAUAUGAAAAAUCUCAAUCCGCUUCUUCAAAAUCUUCGCAUCAAUCUCAACCUUCGUUAUUACCUUCUACAGCUACAUCUACAACUACAACUACUGCUCCCAAUUCGAUAAUUAAUAUCCAGGGAAAUCUUCUAAACUGUCGUGUGCUACUAGAUUCCGGGUCACAAUCUACUUUCGUUGUUGAAACUUUCGCUCAAAGACUCGGGUUUCAUAGAACUCAUUCAAGAAUCCCUAUUCUCGGUUUAUCGGCUACGGAAAUAGGAUAUACAAAAGGGAGUAUAUCGUUAAACCUCCAUUCUCGUUUCAACACAUCUCAAUUAUUCGUUGAUGCAUUUAUAAUGGAUAAAUUAUCUUCGAAUUUACCAUCUAAGUCGAUAGACGUGUCUUCUUGGUCAUAUAUUGAAAAUCUCGAACUUGCUGAUCCAAAUUUCAAUUGCGCUGCUCCCAUUGAUGUUCUUCUUGGAGCUGAUAAGCUUUGGAGCAUUCUAAGGAAUGGACAAAUUCGUGGUCCUGAUGGGUGCCCAAUCGCUCAAAGUACUUCGUUCGGUUGGAUCAUAACGGGACAGUUCUUUGAACCAGAAGAAUCGAAUUAUUUCACGUCUUUUCAUUCGUUAGUCGAUAUUGAUUCGUUAUUACACCGAUUCUGGGAACUCGAAGAAGUUCCUCCAGCAAAUAAUACAGCUGUGGUCGACCAGGCGGAAGAACAUUUUCGCCAAACAUUUUCUCGGUCUCCUGACGGGAAGUAUGUCGUUCAACUUCCAUUCAAAACACAAAAUCCAUCGUUCGAAAAAACUCUACCUUUUGCUGUUUCGCGUCUCUAUGCAAUGGAACGUCGUUUCAAUCAAAAUUCCAGUUUGCGAGAAUUAUAUUCUAAGUUCAUGCGAGAAUAUAUUGAUUUAGGCCAUAUGACUCAGAUUCCUCGUGAAGAAAUCGCUAUUCCUAAUGGCAGAUGUUUUUAUCUUCCUCAUCACGCAGUGUUGAAGCCGGACAGCUCGUCCACAAAAUUACGUGUCGUGUUUGAUGGUUCAGCUAAGGACUCAACGGGAAAGUCUUUAAACAGUACUCUAUUGAUAGGCCCUCCUAUUCAACGCAAUUUAAUAGGUGUGUGCUUACGUUUCCGUCAACAUCCGUUCGUGUUUACUGCAGACGUUGUUAAGAUGUUUCGACAAAUUUGGGUUGAUGAUUCACAUGCUGACUAUCAGCGUAUUGUUUGGCGUGAAUCUCCUUCGGAAGAAAUCGAGCAUUAUCGUUUACGUACUGUGACGUACGGUACUGCAUCCGCUCCAUUUUUGUCUGUUCGUAUUCUGAAACAACUUGCUGAAGAUUAUAAAUCAGACUACCCAAACGCAGCCCGAGUUCUCCUAGAAGAUGUCUACGUCGAUGAUGUCAUGACAGGAGCUAAAUCAAAGAAGGAACUUAUAGAACUGCAAUCUGAAUUAGUAUCUCUUCUUUCCUUGGCCAAACUUCAACUGCGAAAAUGGAGUUCUAAUUGUUCUACUCUUCUAGCUUCGCUCCCAAAGGAAGAAUGUGAAUACUCUAUUUUCGAUACGGAACGCUCAAAGUCAUUUGUUAAAGUACUCGGCAUGCAUUGGAACCCUUUAAAUGACGAAUAUUCAUUCCGCAUGUCAAAAAAUCUUCCAACCAUCUUGUUGACUAGGCGCUCGUUACUGUCAGAAGUGUCGCGAAUAUUCGACCCAUUAGGACUACUGGCACCAUCCGUCGUUCUCUUCAAAAUACUAUUUCAGGAACUCUGGUCAUCGAACUUAAAUCUUGGAUGGGACGACCCGUUGCCUUCAGAAUUAGCGGAACGAUGGGCAAAGUAUAGACAAGAGAUUUCGGAUUUUGAGCAGGUUCGUAUCCCCAGAAACUUGUUUGCAUCUUCAUUCGAUGACGUUGAGCUUCAUGGAUUCUGCGAUGCAUCCUCACUCGCUUACGGUGCUGUUUUAUACACUCGUUGUAAGACCACAGAAGGAUACAAAGUCAACAUUAUUGCAGCAAAGACAAAGGUUGCUCCAUUAAAACCGAUUUCGAUUCCUCGCUUGGAGCUUUGUGGGGCUUUGCUGCUAACUCGUUUGUUCAAUCUCAUAAAAUCAUCAUUUUCGUUUAAAUUUUCCAGAACUGUAGCUUGGUGUGAUUCUGAAAUUGUUUUGCAUUGGCUCUCUUCACCUCCUCGUCGCUGGACUACGUUUGUUGCCAACAGAACCUCUGCUAUAUUGGAAACUGCUCCAAGGAGUUGCUGGAACCAUAUUCGAUCCGAGUCAAAUCCAGCUGAUUGCGCGUCGCGCGGUAUUCUUCCGUCAAAUCUUCCAAAUCAUCAUCUUUGGUAUACUGGCCCACCAUGGUUAUCCCUUGAGGAAAAUGAAUGGCCAAAACCAAAACUCGUGAACUUUAACCCGGAAGAGAACGAACUCUUACUCGAAAAAAGAUUGUCUCCACCUCAAGUUCUUCUAACGUCAUCCAACAAGUUUGAUGUCAUUGAUCAUAUUAUCAAUAAAACAUCAUCGUGGUUUCGUAUGCAAAGGAUACUCGCUUACGUCAUACGUUUCAUCUAUAACUACCUAUGUGAAAAAUCUAAUAAACCUAAUCGUCGAACCUCAUACUUAACCCUAAAGGAAAUCAUCGUCGCGAAAACAACUAUAAUUAAAUCCAUCCAACAAAAUUCAUUCAGUGAAGAUAUUCGUGCCCUAAUAACCAAAAAACAUCUACCCCAAAAAUCAAAACUUCUAAAAUACUCUCCCUUUUUAGAUAACAAAGGUCUUCUUAGAGUAGGAGGCAGGAUAAAAAAUGCUAACAUAUCUUAUAACAUAAAACAUCCUUAUAUUCUACCUAAUAACAAUUUUUCUGCUCUUCUUAUAGAAGAUAUCCACAAAGGUAACCUUCACCCAGGAGUUUCCGCAACCUUCGCCAUUGUAAAACAACAGUUUUGGAUCUUGGGCUCUCGUAACAUUAUCCGUAAGAUUGUUUUUGGCUGCAAUAGAUGUUACAAACUGCGAAAAGAUACCACUACGCAACUAAUGGGUGACUUACCAUCGCAAAGGAUAUCACAAAGCCGUCCGUUUUCACAUACAGGUUGUGAUUAUGCUGGGCCUUUUAACAUCAAGUUUUCUAGAAAUCGUAAUCCAAAAACAUCAAAGGCCUACAUUUGUUUAUUUGUAUGUAUGGCCACCAAAGCUAUUCACCUCGAGCUAGUGAGUGAUCUCACUUCUGAAGCCUUUCUCGCCGCUUUUCGUCGAUUUGUUUCGAGACGUGGACUCUGUUCGAAUGUCUAUUCGGACAAUGGAACCAACUUCCAAGGUGAACCAUUUACUGCAAUCCCAGAGCCAACUACUUUGGAAACACCAGUCAACCGACUCUCUCAUUGGAAUCACCUCCAAAAUAUGGUCCAAGGGUUUUGGAAACGUUGGCAUAUGGAAUACAUCACCACCCUUCAAGAACGUCCAAAGUGGAAACGAUCCACCCCAAACCUUAAUCCAGGAGACCUGGUUAUUAUAAAGGAGCCAAAUCUUCCACCAACAAAAUGGCUUCUUGGCAAGAUCGAAGCAACAACUCAAGGGUCUGAUGGUCGAGCACGAGUUGCUACUGUAAAGACCGCUGGCGGAACAUUUAUCCGUCCAAUCACCAAACUGGCACGAGUACCCAUGUCCUGAAACUCGUUCCAGGGGGGCCGGAAUGUUCAGGAUUAAUCAAACUACAUUUAAACUCAAAUCAUUAAUUAAUUUCAUUUCUAGUUUUGUAUUAUAUUUGAUUGUAAGAAAACCCUGUUUGGAAGAUUAUUCGCGGGACUCACUGUACUUACUUAAAACAAACAACUUAUAAUCCGCUUAAUCCUCAUCCAAGGCCAAUAAUUUGCAUAUUGUAAUGCAUUGUAUUUAGAUGAUUUGGUAUAGAAAAAAACCACUAUGUAGGUAUCAUUCGAUGUAAGACAAUUUUAAACUUUCCUUUUUUGUUUGACCAUCGCCGUGAACACAUCUUCCA